UUAUUUAUUUAUAUUUAUUUUGAUGUACUGCGCUAUUUGUCCCUUUUUAUAGAUUAUUCAGUUUACGAUGUUUCGCAAAAAAUAUUAGACGCUUCAAUCAUUUGCACCGGGCCGGGGCUCGAGAAUGGAAUUUUUUUCUUAAUGAUAUUAAAAUUGUGACAUUUAUAAAAUACCUCUUUUUGUUCCAGAUCGGUUAAUAUUGCAGAAAUUUUCAAUAAAUUUGAUUCAAUUUGAAGUUACCCAAGCAGCAAUUUUUUCUUAAAAUAGUCUUGUAGAAUUCCCUAAGAAAGGCACUAUAGAACCAAAAAUCUAUUUAUUUACUUAUAACGCUCUUGCUUCCAUCACUGAGAUUAUUAUGAGUAAAGUGGCGCACUCUUAAGGAUCUUAAGAGCUGCUAUGGGAAUUUCAACAAAAAAAUUUCACUUUAAGUCUUUUAAAAGUGAACUAAAAGAGUUGUCUAAUACUUGGUUCUAUAAGGCAGCUAUUUUGCUUCUUGGGUAGAAUUAUCAUCUCCUCAUUGAUAGAACAAUCCUGAAUAUUUCUUUUUUAUCCGAGCGCUCACAGCUGGAGUUUCUUCAAGAGAAAAGACUUUCAACGAACGAUAUUAAAAGCAAAGAAAAGACUAAUUUCGAAGUUCAAAGUGUGUCGAUUUGAGAAUUAACUUUGAUUGGGAAAAUCAAAGCAAAAUACUUAAUUUACAGUUGAAGUUAAAAAAACAAAUAUCGGUUUCGAAAGUCGAAUUGGUUUCGAAUAAGCAAGCUUAUUUUUAUUACUCAGUUUAACCGCAUGGUGACCACACUAUACGUCCAUUAAAAUUUCGAAGAGUCUUAUUUUUCAAAAUGUAUUUAUUUUUGCUUUGUUGUAGGGAAAAUAAGAGCAACAAGGCUCAUUUUAUUACAAUACCUUUCAUGAGUAAUGCUGUAAUACGGGCUACAUACCUAAGGCUUAGUCAUGUAGUUUAACUACUCUAAUUUUUUAUCAGUCAAGAUUUUUUGAAAAAAUUAGUAGUAAUUAUCCAUUAGAUUCACACAAAAAACAACAAAUAAAAUUGAUUGUUAUUUACGGUUUAGAGAUCUUCGAGAAAUAGGACUAAACCUCAAGUCUGAAGCCUGCUUAAUGCUCUUAACAACUUCAUAGUCUGAUAUUUCAUUAAUGUUCCCACAUUGUUCCAAAAUAUAGUUUGAAAAUUCGAAAGUAAGUUUGAAUUCUUCGAAGAUCAACAACGUUUUAUGCAAAUAGAGGUUGAUUUACCUUUUAUCCAAGACAGUAAUUAAUAAUCAAAGUAUAGUUGUGAAUCAGAGUACUGUUAUAAUUCAUUUAAUAGAUUCUCUCUGUGGUAUUUUAUAAAUUUUCAUAACUUUGCGCGAAAUUUUGGUUUGAAAAUUUGAAAAGUUCACGAAAUUAUCGUUAAAUUUUUCAAACACCAACGACAAUUUGUACAAAUACGGAACCGUUUACCUUCGAGCUGAGAAACUUUUGCCGAAUUAAACUUAGGCUGUGAGUAUACCAUAUCGAUUUCUUUUUUUUUUUUUUUUAGUAAUUAUACCUAUAUAAUUUGAUUUCAAUAUGAAAUUUUGAUGAAUUAUUUUCCGGAAAUUUGGCCUUUUCAUAAAAUUUUUCGGUUUGUCAUAUACAUUGAGAAAAAAGAGGGUGCGAUUAACUUUUUUUCCUCAGAACUUUAACACUUUUUAGGUGUAAAUAUAUAUCAACAUUUUUUAAUGUUAAAUUUACACCUUUUUAAGGGUAAAAUUAACAUGAAAAAGGGUAACUUUAACCCCUAAUACAACUAAAAAGGGUAAUAUUUACACAGAUUUUGGAUCAAUACUGUAGAUCAAUACUGCCGGAUUUCUCUCAGUCUACGAACCUUGAGACUAAACGGUGAGAGAUAUCGUUUUCAGAUUUCCGAUCAUCAAUUUAAUUGGUAGAAAAUUAUAGUCCUCAUUAUUAUCAUAAAUAUAAAUUAUUAUCAAUUAUAAUAAAUUAUUAUCAUAUCAUGUCCUCACAAUUAUCAUAAAAAAUAACAAAGUGUUCAAAGUUUGAACUUUUUUAAACUUGAGCAGUCGGCGAAUUUUUCUUCCCCAUUGUAUUUGGCGUUGUGAGUACCAACGAACAUGAUUAGUUUGACCUUUGUUGAUAAUUCACACUAAAUUGAAAAGUCAAAACAACAAGUUAUCAUUGUAUACUUCAUCUAGAAUUUUGCCAGUCCCAAAAAUACUUCAACGUUGAAUCAUUUUUGAGGGGGUUUCAGUCUUAUCUCAGGCAGUAAAAAAUAUCUAUUUGAUUGUAUUUGUAGUUUAGAAGAUUAUAUAUAUUUUCGGGUUUUGCUCGUGGUCUAUUGAUUGAGCUAUUUUAGUUUAAAGUGGACUCCAAUUGGGAGAGGUUGAGUUUUGUAAUACAGUAUUCUAGAAUUAGGAUGGAGGGCUUCCUUCUGUGGAUUUUUACAUUUUUAGCAUUGAUUGCUGGAAGUUUCGGGCUUUUAUAUGCUUGGUCUAUGAAAAAGUUUCGUUUCUGGAAGGAUAGAGGUAUCUGCCACAAUGAACCUAUAUUCCCAUAUGGGAAUACCAAAGGCGUUUCGCGUGCUAUUCGCUUUAGUGAUAUCCUGACGGACUUAUACUACAAGUAUCAAGGGAAAGAGAAAUUUGUUGGAUUGUACAUGUUCAUGAAACCUAUUGGUAUGGCUAGUGAUCCAGAUUUGAUUAAGCAGAUUUUGGUGAAAGAUUUCCACAACUUCCAGAACCGCGGACUCUAUCACAAUGAGAAGCAUGAUCCUCUAUCGGGGCAUCUUUUCACAUUGGAAGGGGAACCAUGGCGAAUCUUGAGAACCAAACUCAGUCCAACUUUCACAUCUGGGAAGAUUAAGAUGAUGUUCAACAUUAUGGUUGAGGUGACGAAGGAACUAAAGAGAAUUGUGGAUGAAGAAUUGAAGGUGAACAAUGAUGUUGAUAUCAGUGAUACCAUGGCACGUUUCACAAUGGAUAUCAUUGGGAAUUGUGCUUUUGGAAUUGAGUGCAAUGCUCUCAAGAAUCCCAAUGAGGAGCUUAUGGUAUUUGGCAAGAAAUUCUUUAAUCCAGGACCAAGGCAAAUCAUGCGACAGAUUGCUUUUUCUGUAUUUCCGGAACUGUCACGAAAAUUGGGAAUAAGAGCAAUUGAGGAGGAUGUCAGUUCGUUCUUUAUGAGGGUCAUCACAGAGACCGUGAGAUAUCGGGAGCAGAAUGGGAUUGUUAGGUCGGAUUUUAUGGAUUUGAUGCUACGUCUCAAGAACAGUGGAAAGCUCGAUACAGAUGACAAUGCUGAGAAAUCCGGCUUAAUCACCCUCAAUGAACUAGCGGCUCAGUGCUUUGUCUUCUUCCUGGCGGGCUUUGAAACAUCAUCAACAACCAUAUCAUUCUCUCUCUAUGAAUUGGCACUCAAUCCGGAUAUUCAGGAGAGACUGCGCAAGGAAAUCUUGCAGUGUCUCGAGGAGACAAAUGGAGUUCUCACAUAUGAAGCUGUCAUGGGAAUGAAAUAUCUCGAAAAAGUGAUAAAUGAAACCCUCCGAAAAUAUCCAGCUGUCGAGAUGUUGGUACGGAAAGCAAAGAAUGAUUACCCCAUUGAGGGCACACCACACACCAUUCCCAAAGAUACCCUCAUUUUCAUACCCGUCUACACUGUCCAUCAUGAUCCAAAAAUCUAUCCACAUCCUCAUAAAUUCAAUCCCGAGAGAUUCAAUGAGGAAAAUAUGAGGAAUCGACAUCCGUACACGUAUUUGCCAUUUGGUGAGGGACCACGAAAUUGCAUUGGGAUGCGCUUUGGGCUACUUCAGACACGCAUUGGUAUCAUCACCAUGCUCACCAACUAUCGAUUGACAGUCUGCCAGAAGACUCCCAAAGCACCACCAGAAUUUAUUCCCAGCAGUAUCGUUCUUAAAGUCAAAGGCGGUAUUUGGCUUAGAGUAGAUAAAUUGUGAGGACUUUAUCAUCUUUCAGAUAAAAUCAUUUUUUGAACAAAUGUCUUAUUGAAAUUAAAGUUGUGAUUUAACCAGAAAUAUUCUUGUAAAAUGCAGGACACGGCAUAAAGCAUCUUCAAACUCCUUGAAACUAUUGAUCAGUCACAUCAUCUUUAGUAAGUUCCCUAUGCUUGUGCAGGACAAGGUCUUCAAUAUGGACAUAAAUUUCUCUAGUGAAUAGAGGCCAUAAGGCUAAUCCUUGAGCAUGUUAACCUAUAAAAUUUAACAGUAAAGAGUUAUGUAAAAGAA